CCCCUUGACGUUGUCAGGGCUGGCUUGCAAUCGGGCCAUCUACGUCAUCGUCAUAUCAGCGUCAUAUCAGCUACUGUGUAAGUCUCCACCAGAGUGCCUCAGUCCCCUACCUACAGAACGUUGUUCUUCUCGCCUUCCCGGUUUCCUGCAGUCCCGGUUUCCAGGCCCGGUUGUGCAAUAGCCCGAGUAUAUAAGUCCGGUCUAUUGCCAGGGAUUGCCCGGAGCCCGGGAUCAGCCAAUUCAAAGCUAGAAUUACCCCUCAAUGGCUCAGUCUAUCCUGAGACGGCAAUCGAACCUGCCCCUUUCUCUCCUCGCAUCACACCGCUUUACGUCUUACAGGCCUGCCACGAGAAUGUCUACUUCGUCGAGAUCAUCGAAAUUUAGCCACCUUCCCCGGGCUGCGUCGGGACCUCUGGUGUGUCAGUACGAGGGGAGGGAUGUCCUGGAGUCAAGCCAAUUCAAUAAAGGCUCUGCAUUCACGGAGGAAGAGCGCAGAUCGUUCAAGCUUCAUGGCCUUCUGCCCCCCAACAUCCAGACACUAGAGGAACAGGUUCAGCGGGCAUACGAGCAAUAUAGUAGUCGAGACAAUGACCUAGCUAAGAACACAUUCAUGGCUAGCAUGAAGGUACAGAAUGAGGUUCUGUAUUAUAAGCUGAUUGACACACACCUCAAGGAGAUGCUCAGCAUCAUAUACACCCCUACAGAAGGCGAUGCGAUACAGAAUUAUUCCCGACUUUUCCGGAAGCCAGAAGGUUGUUUCCUCAACAUCAGAGACCAAGAUAGGAUUGAAGAGUGUUUGUCCAACUUCGGCGGUGGUGAAGAAGUCGAUUAUAUAGUCGUCAGUGAUGGCGAAGAGAUUCUAGGCAUUGGGGAUCAAGGUGUAGGCGCCAUUUUGAUCUCGGUUGCCAAAUUAGCACUCACGACCCUGUGUGCCGGAAUUCAUCCAGCAAGACAGUUACCCGUGGUGCUAGACUGCGGAACAGAUAAUGAAUCGCUUCUAAAGGAUGAGCUAUAUUUGGGCCUGCGACAGCCGCGCGUCAGAGGCAAAGAAUAUGACCAGUUCGUGGAGAAGUUUGUAACAACCGCCCGAAAGAUGUUCCCACGCGCAUACAUACACUUUGAGGACUUUGGCCUGCAUAACGCUAAGAGGAUCUUGGAAAAUUUCCAGCCGCAUAUCCCGUGCUUUAACGAUGAUAUUCAAGGUACAGGCUGUGUUACCCUGGCUGCCUUGUUGUCCGGUUUCCAUGUGAGUGAUGUCAAAUUGGAAGACGUACGUGUAGUCAUCUUCGGGUCUGGAUCAGCGGGCACUGGUAUUGCGGAGCAGCUCGCCGACACUAUCGCAACUGAGACGAACAAAUCCAAAGAAGAAGCCUCAAAGCAGAUAUGGUGUCUCGAUAAACCGGGCCUUCUGCUCAAAUCCCUUGGGGAUCAGUUGACCCCAGCGCAGGCCCCAUAUGCGCGAGAUGACAACGAGUGGCCUGGUGAAGGACUGCCCGGUCUGCUUUCUGUGGUGAAGAAGGUGAAACCUCAUGCCUUGAUUGGAACCUCCACCAAGCCCAAAUCUUUCACCGAAGAAGUCAUUCGGGAAAUGGCCAAACAUGUCGAAAAACCGAUCAUAUUUCCCCUCAGCAACCCGACCCGUUUGCACGAAGCACAGCCCGAGGAUAUCAAUCAAUGGACUGAUGGGCGAGCUCUGAUAGCCACCGGAAGCCCCUUUCCCCCGGUCGAUCGCAACGGGAUGAAGUAUGAGAUAGCGGAAUGCAACAACUCCACUUGUUUCCCCGGAAUCGGAUUGGGAGCCGUUCUAUCGCGAACACGAACUUUGUCGAAUAAGAUGCUUGUGGCCGCGGUCAAAGCAUUGGCAGCGCGAUCGCCGGCACUGCAGGACCCCAACGGACCCCUGCUCCCUGACGUCGGAGAUGUACGGGAGCUUAGCGUGGACAUCGCCAAAGCCAUUAUCAAAACUGCGGUCGAGGAAGGAUAUGCUGAGGAGGAAGGUAUUCCCACGGAUGACAAUGAGUUGGAUGAGUGGAUUCGAGUGCAGAUGUGGGAGCCGGUGUACCGACCCCUUGUAAGACCACACUAGCCGUGAAUGCUGCAGUUACGGAGGGGAUAGACACUGUUAGAGGAGGCUAUGCGGUCCAGGCUUGGCUAGGCGCAGUCGGUAGUAUCUCAUAAAGCUAAACCGGGUUGGAAGCUAUAAGAAAUAAGCGGCUUCAUAUGAUUCCGUAAAGCCAACUGUUGGAUGAGUGACACUUGAG